AUUUGGAGCGGCGCUGCGGACAAGUGUUAUGCACAAAACACACUUCGAGAAUUUGAAUAUCUUGUUUUUUUUUUUUUCAACUUAACGACGAUACGAUGACGUGAACGAUGAACGGAGACGGCGAUUUUGAUAAGUUCUCUCUGCGGUCGCCUUAGGACACCGAAGAGAGCCGAGCACCGACAUGACGAUGACGACCACAGGUGGACAAUGACAGCAACAUCGUCAGCAGGUGCGAGCCCUGUGCCCCUUUGUCUCCGCGGACCUCUCUGCCCUUCGACCGGCACCUGCAAGCUGACGGCAGUAGGGAGUGCAGUGUUGGGACGAAGGGGGUGAACUACCGGAACCCCUCUCAUCGGCGUUUUUCGCUUUAAAACUCCAGGAACGGAAUGCUACAGUCUCGAAAAAACUGACAGCUGGGGAAUUCGAGAAUGUUACGCGCGAGGCGUUGACAACGCAGAAGUGCGUAAGCGACCUCGAAAGGUGCGAGACUUGUCGCCGCCAUUAACGUGCCCCGCCCACACGGACCACAUCCUUUCGUCAUCGAAGGCACCGUGCUCGAGAGACGACUCGAUAGCCGUCACAAGUGCGCUUCUGUCAACGCACAGCACUAACGAGUUGACGAGACCGACGUCUUCAGUCUUCAUAUGCCUCUUGUGAAGAGUUCACACUGACCGGUCAUGCUGCUCCGAUUAUCAGUUUUGCUAGCGACUUGCGCGUUGGCGAUGACGGCGGAACAAACCGAGGACAACCCCUUCCCCUCAUGGCUGAUUGAGCUCGGCAGUCACAUCAACGAAGCCGACACGGCCAUCGUGAGCACCCGAAAGCCACGCGUCACGGGCAAAGUGAGGGGCGGCACUGCCUGCCUCAACACCGAAGAGUGCGGCAUUGGCAAGUGCUGCCUGCGGCGGUCCAAGGACCCUCGCCGUCGCUGCAAACGUUUUCAGCGCGCGGGCGAGCGCUGCACAGAUGAGCAGAUGAUGGGCGGCUACUACUACGGUCACUGUCCCUGCAAUAAGCGCUCCAUUUGCAUGGCCGUCAACGGUGUCCUCAAAUGCGUCAGGAAGGAAAUGGUACAGCCCACUUCCCCGGGACCUCGACGGCCGGUUGCACCGCCGGACGACGGGGGCAAAGAAAGCAAGGAAAGCGACGAGUUUCCGAAGCGCCUCGCGCCCCCACCGAAAAGACCCAACUUCAACGAAACCAAGCACGAGUUUCCGGAAAUACCGGAGUUCUUCAAAACUUUCGGCGCGUCAGAUGUUCCCGGACCGGCCACCGUUCCACCCGGAGAAGGCGGAGAAGCCGGAGGAGAGGAAGGUGGAGAGGAGGGCGGGGAAGAAGAGGGGCUACCGAAUGGUGCUGAAGACCUGCCUGAAGAUAUUAGCCCUGCGCGAGGAGGCGGGGCAGGACAGGAGGAACCCCCAGAGCCGCCUGAAAAUUCGAACGAAGGAGGUAUUGAAGCGCCUCCUGGCGGUGCAGGGGGCGGCGGAAUUACGGAGCAGCCUAUAUCUAAACCGGCGCGUCCUGGCUUACCGCGUAUGGAGCUGGUGGGGCUCCCAGGUUCAAAUUCAGUACCUAGUUUGCCACCCCCUCCUACGCUAACCUUUGGAAGCGGAGAGCACGGCAGCGGCGUAGGGGGACUCGGUCUGUCAAAUUCUGCAACUUCACUGUCACGGCCCGCCGGUCCUGGUGUGCCGGGAUUUCCUGCAGGACAGCCCGCAAGACUUGGAGCCGGAUAUCGGGGGCUGCCCCCAAUGCCCUCCAGUAACAGGAGGACAGGCUAACUUUUUGGCUCGUAACGGCUUUUCAGUUGCGCAAGUGUUACCGCCUCCCCAGGCACCUUACUCAACCGCAUCCUCCACCACCGUCUCGCAUGCUUUAGGCACCUCAACAGCUUGCGGCGUCCAGCCUCGGAAGAGAAGACGGUGGCUUUAUGCUCCGAGAAAUCAGUAUAAAUCAAAUUACACGAAGAAAUCUCGAAUGCACGCUGACCCAGUGGGAUUUACUGCUCUCCAGAUAGAUAUGCUCCGGCUCUUCCGGCUAAAGUCGAACUGGUUUUCAUUGUCCUGAAGACCCAUUACUCGCUCAAGUUUGCAUCACUCUUUUGCGGAGAGAGGGAGGAUACAAAAAAAAAGGAAAAUGAUUUACAAUGUGUUGUUGCACUUAGGUUCUCAUUUCGGUCACUUACCACAGUGACAAGGUUGUAUCGUGGAACCAACCACUGUGCUUCUUUCAGUUCUUCCCAUAAUUUAUAUACGCGAUAAACCGCCGCUACUGAAAUCCUUGUGAACACUCUCUUCGGGAAUAUUUUUCAAACUUAUGACAACAAUAAAUCCGCACUUUCCCUCCUUCCGCUGAUAACUUUAGAAGCCUCCGGCGGCACUAAACGCAGCACUGAGUAUUGUAGCGACGACAUUUUCUUCGUGUUUAGCUGAAUGCUACGAUGUGACAGAAGUCAACCGGAUCUGCUAGAAGCUGUCGCGCGGACUUCAAUCUAAAAAGCGUAUUGUUUCCUUUAUUUUCGUGACCCGUAUCCCACUAGGUCCGCAACGCGGUAAAGUAAGAUCGCAGAUUCUGUCACUGUUGCUCUCUCUGAUUCUAACUGCCGAGGUGUAGAUAGAUUUUUUUCUUAAUGCUGGACGACGUACUGCGUGUAGUGCCUAAUGCGUGAGCGUUUACUAUAUUGCGUCAGUAUGACUUGACGAUCGUGAUCUCUUCGCGUCUGACCGCGUCUUAUGUAAUGCCAGCAUGAAUUCAAGCGUGAACAAGUCGAAAACGACUUUAGACUUCGCUGUUGCGUUUUCAGGUUCGCCUGCGUUUGUAACAUUGGCCUGAUUCAGUUUCCAAAGCAUACGUCUAGCACCACUCCGUUGUUAGAAACCAACUACACAUGGCGACUUGCAAGUCGCACAUCCAUAUAGUUACGCUUAACAAGUACCUGUACUUGAAAAAGCGCGAAGUGUUUGCAUAAAAUAGAAGUGGAGCACAGCCAGAGUGCUGCGUCUGUCCUCUACUACUAUUUUUCUGAAAGCACUUCGCGCUGUUUCAAGUAUAAAGAUCGAAACACCCAUAACACACCCUACCACACGGCAAUGAGAGGCAGCGCUGUCCAGCUCCGACUCGACGGACCAGCUCAACCUGGUCAACCGAGCGAGAAGGGCAGCUAAGGUCGCUGGACUCCUGGACUGAGGGGACCACCCACUGCAGAGCGGAGGAGCUACCUACGCUCGCGUGCUCUUUUGCAUAAAGUUUAUUCUCCUCUCUCUGUCGAAGGUGAACGAACCAGCUCACGUCAAGAUGUUGCGUAACCGGCCCUCUGAUCACAUUUUUUUUUUGUUCGCGUUUCAAUUUAUGCUGACAGUACGCUCAAUCUAAACUGAAGGAGUGUUUUGGCAAACAACAAUAAAUUGAUUACAUCGGA